AUGACUCGCUCGCUUCUCUUACAGCGAUUACAGUCGGUCACCAAUCAGCAACCUCCCAGCCAGCCGCCCAGCAGACCGCCUGACCUGCCGGCGGAAGCCGCGCAGAGGGCGGAGGCUGCCCGCCGCGCAGGUGGCCCCGCGACAGCAACAGCGCAGCGAAGGGAAGCAGCCGCAGCCGGAAGGACUGCUGGGGGAACGGUUCAAGGGGAGGGGCGAGCGGAGGAGCAGCGCGGUGGUGUGCGGUUGGAGUCGGUUCCGGCCACCAACCCCCAUGUCGCCCGACCUGCCCGUCCCGCCUGUCCCGAGCCUGCCCUUCCCCCCUACGCCUUCCCCUCGCCCACCCCCCACUCUUCCGCCCUUGGUCUCCCCGUGCCCCCCCUGCACGCGAGCACGGGCACAGGCAGGGGAACAGGCGCGGGCACAGGUACGGGCACAGGCUCAGGCACAGGCGCAGGCACAGGCGCAGGCACAGGCGCGGGCACAGGCGCGGGCACAGGCGCGGGCAGAGGUGCGGGCACGGGCACAGGCAUGGGGUUGGGCAUGCGGGUGGAGCAGGUGCGGAGAGGUAGCAGCCACAGGAGCGGCAAGGGCAGGGUGCGGGCGUUGUGGGACGAUGAGCAGACAAUAACACUUCUGAAGAUCAUGCGUGGCGUGCUGCGCGCUCAGGGCAGCGCCCUCCCCGGCAAGAUCGAGGACUGGGGGGUGGUGCACCGCGAGUGGUUGCGGCGAGGAUCCCUGCGGGGGUACCCCAGGUAUUCGGAGGAGCAGCUGAGGAUCCGGUGCAGGGUGGUGCGUGGGUGGGUGAUGGACAUUCAGGGGCUGCAGGCAAUGCUGCCACCGGGAGUCGAGUGGGACCCUGCCACUCAGUACUUUGAUCCCGACCCCAAGGUGAGUGACCCCAAGCCCACCCUCCUCUGCUUCCACCUCACCAAAUCCCCAUGCGCUGAAGCCCACACACCUUUUCUCUCCCUUUCCUUGCUUGCUGUUCCUUACCCCAUUUCCCCAUCCCUCACCCCCACACUCUCCACUCCCUGCCUCUCCUCUCCUCUCCCCGCGUCAUCUGCGCAUCCUACCUCAGCCAAGGCAACACCGGCUGUGGCGGCGCCUUUCUGUGGUUCGUUUCCCCGCGAUCACCACUCCUCCCCACUCCGCCCUCCCUACUUUCCCCCUUGCCUGCGUCAGCUGGGCAUCAUGCCGAAGCUGAGGCAGGACCCGCAGUGGCGCGGCUACAGCCGGUGGUGCAGCCACGUGGCUCCCUGGCUGCCCCUCGCCCUGCUCUCCACCCACACGUGCCCUGCUGAGAACGUGCGAGGGGAGGUGCAGUGGGGGGAGCAGGAGGAGGAUGAUUGGGAGGAGGAAGAGGGAGAUGGAGGGGAACAGGGAGAGGAGGAGGAGGAAGGUGACGAUGGGGAAGAGGAGGAUGAUGAAGUGAUGGAGGUGCGGGUAGGAGGGAUGGGGGAUGGAGAGGCAGAGGGGGGGAAGUAUAAGGAGGUGGAAGGGGGAGAGAGGGAGGAAGAAGUGGAGGAGGCGGAAAGGGGGGAGGGAUGGGGCAGUGCGGGGUGGCAAGGGGGUGGGGCAGGGAGGCUUGAGAUGCGAGGAGGGGCUGUGAGGAGUCGGAGGAGCAGAGGAGGGGUGAGUGGAGGGGGUUGGAGGGGUGGAGAGUGGAACGGUGAUGAGUGGUGGGGAACGAGGAGGGGAAAUGUGGGGCGCCAGGCUGGGGAGGGGGGAGGUGUGAGGAGCAGAGGAGGGGGAGAUGGUGUGGGGGGAAGAGGGAUUGGGAGUGAUGGGGUCGGUGCUGCACAGGGGAAUGGCGGGAUUGGCCGUCCAGCUGAAGCACCACAGGCUAAUGGCAUGCGUCGUGCUGAGGUGGCACAAAACAAUGUUACUUCUGCUGACGGUGCUCGUGCUGACGUGGCCCGUGCUGCUGACAUGGCCGGUGCAAGUGCGGAUGAGAGGGACGAGUACCCUGCGAGGCUGGCAGCGCGGAUCGCUGGCAUGGUGGCGAGCAGGAGGGAGCAAGGCGGUACAGAGGGGGGAGAGGCCGGGGAUGGAGGAGGAGGAGGAGGAGGAGGAGGAGGAGGAGGAAACGCAAGUGCACGGUGGGGGGAUGGGGCUCCAGAGGGGCAGAAUCGAGGGGAGGAGUGGAGAGCGGCGAGGGGUGUGAAGCGGUCGAGGCCGGUGUGGGUGCAGGUGAGGGAGAGGAAGCGGCAGCGGCGGGUGAUGGAGAGUGUGACGCGUGCCCUCACCACGUUCAGGAGCAUGGCGGAGAAGGGGCAGCCCCACGUGCACCGAGAUGCGGUGGCAGACAGUGUGUUCAAGUCAGUGCAGGACGUGCAGGCCCUCCCCUCUCUCACAGACGCACAGCGCGUGGCGGCCAUCGACGCCUUCCUGCAGCGCCCCCUCGCCGCCCACGCCUUCCAGGCCAUGCGCCCCGCCCUGCAGACCCUCUUUGUCAUUCGCACCCACGCCCAGGCCGUUGACCGGCAGCUGGCCGGCGUGCAGCCCGCUGCUGCUGCUGGGGGGGAUGCUGGCUUGCUGGACCAGCAGCUUACGGGGCUGUCAGGUGUGACUGCAGCAGCAUCAGCAGCAGCAGCAGCCUCAGCAGGAGGAGCGAGGGGUUUACAAGGUGUGGGGGGGGGUGGAGGAGGAGGAAGAGGGGUGGGUCGAAGAGGAGGGGUAGGAGGGGCAGGAGGAGCAGGAGCAGGUGGGUUGGGCGGUACAGGUGGGAUGGGCACAGGAGAGGCGGGCAGCAUGGCAGGACUGGAGCUACUGGGGCAUCGCGUGCAGGAGUUGGUGCGAGAGAGCCUGGGAGCAGUCAACGCCAGUCAACAGAUGGCCAGCACUGGUCAACAGGCAGUCAAUGCUGGUCAAGGGGCAGUCAAUGCCGGUCAAGGGGGGGUGGUUGGCACUCCAGUGGUGGUCAAUGGGAUUCAAUGCGAGUGCCCUGAGUGUGUGGCUGCUAGAUUGGCGGCCAGAUUGUGUAAAGGCACAGCCAACGCGAGUCAAGAUGCAGUCAAUGCAAGUCAACCAGUGGUCAAUGCGGAUCCAGCAUUGGUCAACGCGGGUCAAGCAGCAGUCAACACGAGCCCACUGGUGGUCAAUGCAGAUCCAAGUAGGGGAGUGGCAGCGAAUCAGGUGGAGACAGCCGUCGGCCAAUCAGGGUUAGGUGCAGGGCGUGGGGGGCCGACUGCAGUGCUACAGACAAGAAAUGCUGGUCAAGCAGCAGUCAACGCUGGUCAAGCACCAGUCAACGCUGGUCAAGCAACAGUGAAUGCAGGAGGAGGGGCAGUGGGUGUGGGUCAAGGCAGAGCGGGAAGGGGAGGAGGGGUUUGGAGGGAAGCAGCGAUCGUGGGGCUGCCAUUGGUGGAGCGGCUGCUGCAGGGCCAGGCGAAGGAAAGAAGCAGUGCCGUGGCGAGGGGACAGGGGGAGGACAGCAGGCAGAGAGGGGAAGAGGGAGGGGAGCAGGGAGGAGAGGCGAGAGGGGAGCAUGGAGGGGAAGCGAGAGAGGGGCAGGGAGGGGGGCAGGUAGGGGAUGAGAGGGUGGGGACAGUGAGUGUGCCGGGGGGAAGCGGCAGCGGAGGGGGGGUGUUCAUGCUGUCACACCGCUGUGUGGCGGACAGGCCGGCUGGGCAGUGCAGCCUGUGCAGCAUCGUUUCUGACCUCGUCAAAGAGCUGGGGGGAGGGGCUGCUGGGGGAGGUGCUGCUGGGGGAGGUGCUGCUGGGGGAGGCGCUGCUGGGGGAGGGGGUGCUGCUGGGGGAGGUGCUGGUAGGGGAGGGGGUGCUGCUGACCUCAUCAAAGAGCUGGGGGCGCCUAGUGAUGGGGGGGGGCAGGGCAAGGAGCUGAGCGCACCUGGCGAUGCGGCGCGUGCAGGAGGCGAGGUGGGGGGUGAUGGGAGAGAGGUGCGCACUGGAGACGAGGCGAGGGGCACUGAGGGUGAGAUGUCCGGUCCGAGAGGGGAGGAGGGUGGGAAUGCUGUUGGAGGGGCGGACGGGGCGGACGGGGCGGCCAAUGCAGGUCAAGGGGCAGUCAAUGCAGGUCAAGGGGCGGUCAAUGCAGGUCAAGGGGCGGUCAAUGCAGAUCAAGGGGCGGUCAAUGCAGGUCAAGGGGUGGGUUUGAGUGGAGGGAAGGAGUUGUUGGGUCCAGGCCGGAAUGUGAGUGCUGGAUGGGAUAUGAGUGACGACGAGGCGUUGAGUGAGGGGACAGGAAUCGUAUGCUUGAGGGACGAUGGGGUUAUUGUGUUUGAGGGGAGAGAUUUGAGUAUGGGGGAGGAAGGCACUUCUGAGGGGGAAGGGGAUGUGACUCUGGGGGAAGGGGAUGUGGCUAUGGGGGAAGGGGAUGUGGCGGAUGUGCCUAUGGGGGAAAGGGAUGUGGCUAUGGGGGAAGGGGAUGUGGCUAUGGGGGAAGGGGAUGCGACUGUGAGGGGAGGGGACUUGAGCAGUAAGGAGGGAGAGACACGUGGGAAGGAAGGAGAUACGAAUGGGAAGGAAGGAGAGAUGAGUGGGAAGGAGGGAGAGAAGAGUGGGAAGGAGGGAGAGAAGAGUGGGAAGGAGGGAGAGAUGAAUGGGAAGGAGGGAGAAACGAGUGGGAAGGGGGGAGAGACGAGUGAGAAGGAGGGAGAGACGAAUGGGAAGGAGGGAGAGACGAGUGGGAGAGGGGAAGAGACGAGUGAGAAGGAGGGAGCGACAAAUGGGAAGGAGGGAGAGACGAGUGGGAAGGGGGGAGAGACGAGUGGAAAGGAGGAGGAGACGAUUGGGAAGGAAGGGGAGACGAAGUGGAAGGAAGGAGAGAUGAACGGGAAGGAGGGAGAGACAUGUGGGAAGGAAGGAGAGCCAAAUGGAAAGGAGGGAGAUGUGAGUGGGAAGGAGGGAGCUGUGAGUGGGAAGGAGGGAGAGACGAGUGGGGAGGAGGGAGAGACGAGUGGGGAGGAGGGAGAGACCAGUGGGAAGGAGGGAGAGACGAGUGGGAAGGAGGGAGAUGUGAGUGGGAAGGAGGGAGAGACGAGUGGGAAGGAGGGAGAGACGAGUGGGAAGGAGGGAGAGACGAGUGGGAAGGAGGGAGAGACGAGUGGGAAGGAGGGAGAGACGAGUGGGAAGGAGGGAGAGACGAGUGGGAAGGAGGGAGAGACGAGUGGGAAGGAGGGGGAGACGAGUGGGAAGGAUGGGGUCAAGGCCUUGGGAAUAAGCGAUAUGACUGCAAAGGACGAUCCCCUCCCCCCCACUGCUGCACCCGCAGCAGGGGUGGAGGAGAAAGGGGGGGGGGCGGAGGGGGCUGUUGCAGCCACACCCGCCACCCCCAUACCCUCCCCCACUGCUGCACCUGCAGCAGGGGAUGGAGGAGGAGGAGGGGGGGGGGCGGGGGGGGGCUGGUGCUGCAGGUCCUCUCCCCCCACUGCCGCAUCCGCAGCAGGGGGAUGGCAGAUCCCUUCCCCCCCACUGCUGCACCCACAGCAGGGGGAGGGCACCGGGGCCGCGGUUAGGGGCGGCAGGUCGCGAGGGGCCAUGGCUAGGGGCGACGGGGCCAUGGCUAGGGACGGGGCCUGGCGCUGGGCAGGUACGGGGCCGGGUGCUGAGCUAGGGACGGGGCCGGGUGCUGGGCAGGUACGGGGCCGGGCGUUGGGCAUGUACGGGGCCGGGCGCUGGGCAGGUACGGGGCCGGGCGCUGGGCAGGUAAGGGGCCGGGCACUGGGCAGGAACGGGGCCGGGCGCUGGGCAGGUACGGGGCCGGGCGCUGGGCAGGUACGGGGCCGGGCGCUGGGCAGGUACGGGGCCGGGCGCUGGGCAGGUACGGGGCCGGGCUCUGGGCAGGUACGGGGCCGGGCGCUGGGCAGGUACAGGGCCGGGCGCUGGGCAGGUACGGGGCCGGGCACUGGCAAGAGACGGGGCCGGGCGCGGGCAGGGUACGUGGCCGGGCGCAGGCGAGGUACAGGGCCAGGCGCUGGCUAG